AUGCGGAUGCUAUACUCGUUGUCCGUUGGUCUUGUAAAGUUUUGGUUCAUUAUGAUGAUUGUACAAAACGAAUCAGCUGCAAUACUAAGCUCUCCUCAGUGUAACAACUACACAUUGAUAGAUGAUCCGACGAGAAGCGUUAAUGCAACCAAUACUGGAAAUUAUACCUGUGAUCGAGACUUUUUCACUUCUGUUCCAAUGUGGUUUCGAUUUGUUGGCGCUGGCGGUUCGCAACUGACAACGGAUCCAGUGGAAAUCUAUCACUGCACCACUCAUGCACCGGGCUGGUAUUCAUCAGAAAUGCCCCUUAGUUCGGACACAACUGUGAACGGAACUGUAUGUUUUACAUGGUCAGGAAGCUAUUGCAAUUGGAAUAAUACCAUUUCGGUCACCAAUUGUGGAUCGUACUAUGUUUAUCAAUUGAGUCAACCGCCAACGUGCCGAUUACGCUACUGUACUACUAUAGUACCAACUGAUUGGUUAACAUCAACAGCAAAAAUUACCACAAAAGGUAAAAUACCUAAUGCAAAAACAUUACCUAUACUUUGA